AUGACCGGCUCCUGCUGCGGCUCCACGUGCUCCUCAGGCUGUGGGGGAGGCUGCUGCCAGCCCUGCUGCUGCCAGCCCUGCUGCUGCCGCGACCCCUGCUGCUGCCGCCCCUGCUGCUGCCAGACCACAGUGUGCCGCCCCGUGACCUGCGUGACCCGCUGCACGCGCCCCAUCUGCGAGCCCUGCCGCCGGCCCAUCUGCUGUGACCCUUGUGGCCUGCAGGCGGGCUGCUGCCGCCCCAUCGCCUGCUGCCCCACGUCCUGCACGGCCGUGGUCUGCCGGCCCUGCUGCUGGGCCUCCACCUGCUGCCAGCCCAUCUGUGUGCAGGCCCCCUGCUGCCGGCCCCCCUGCUGCCAGCCUGCCCCCUGCCGCACCACCUGCAGGACCUACCCCUGCUGCUGCUGA